AAUUUCUCGUCCUGCAACAUCUUCUCCACGCAAGACCACGCCGCUGCGGCCAUUGCUCGUGGCUCCGCCUCCGUCUUCGCCUGGAAAGGAGAGACCCUAGAAGAAUACUGGUGGUGCACAGAGAAAGCUCUCGUCCGGGGCCUCGGUGGCGGACCUGAUUUGAUUGUCGAUGACGGUGGAGACGUCACGUUGUUGAUUCACGAAGGGGUUAAGGCGGAGGAAGAGUAUAACAGGAGCGGCAAGUUUCCGAACCCAAAUGAGACUGAAAACGCUGAGUUUCGAAUCGUUUUGAGUAUUAUCAAAGAAGGAUUAUUGGUUGACCCCAAAAGAUAUAUAAGGAUGAGGGAUAGAUUAGUUGGAGUUUCGGAAGAAACUACCACUGGAGUUAAAAGAUUAUACCGAAUGCAAGCUAAUGGGACCCUUCUAUUCCCCGCCAUUAAUGUCAAUGAUUCUGUUACAAAGAGCAAGUUCGACAACUUGUAUGGAUGUCGACAUUCGUUGACUGAUGGUCUUAUGAGAGCAACUGAUGUCAUGAUUGCUGGAAAAACUGCGGUUGUCUGUGGUUAUGGAGACACUGGGAAGGGUUGUGCCGCUCCUCUUAAGGCAGCUGGAGCUCAUGUGAUUGUGACAGAAAUCGAUCCCAUUUGCGCUCUUCAAGCUCUGAUGGAGGGUAUUCCAGUUUUGAGGUUAGAAGACGUUGCCGAAGCGGACAUUUUUCUGACUACCACUGGAAAUAAGGAUAUUGUUACGGUUAGUCAUACGAAGCAGAUGAAGAACAAUGCAAUUGUAUGCAACAUCGGCGGUUUUGAUAAUGAGAUGGAUAUGCUUGGUCUUGAGACUUAUCCGGGUAUCAAGCGGACUACUAUCAAGCCUCAAACUGAUCGAUGGGUCUUCCCGGAGACUAAUAGGGGAAUCAUUGUGCUUGCAGAAGGAAGACUCAUGAAUUUGGGUUGUGCAACCAAGCACCCUAGCUUCGUGAUGUCUUGCUCCUUGACAAACCAAGUGAUUGCACAGCUUGAGCUGUGGAAGGAGAGAGGAACAGGCAAGUAUGAAAAUAAAGUCUAUGUUUUGCCCAAGCACUUGGACGAGAUGGUUGCAGCACUUCAUCUCGGGAAGCUCAGAGCUAAACUCACCAAGCUCACUCCUGACCAAGCUGCAUACAUCAAUGUCUCCGUUGAAGGUCCUUUUAAACCUCCUCAUUACAAGUACUAUAACCAUAGGAUUGUUUGAUUUAUUGUUUUCCAUGUUGCCCAAUGUUUAU